GGAGAGCGGCCGGUGCCGGCGGGAAGGAAGGGGAGGGAAGGGAAGGACGGGACGUGUCAUGGCGGCCGCUUCCCCUCAGCGCUGAGGCGCCGUGUGCGGGGGGCGGGAGGUGGCACCGGGCGCCCAUGGAGGGCUGCGGGGCCGAGGAGGAGGAGGAGGACGGCGGGCCCUUGCAGCGGCUCGUCAAGCGGCAGCGCAAGGAGAAGCGGGAGCUCCAAGCAAAAAUUCAAGGCAUGAAAAAUGCUGUUCCCAAGAAUGAUAAAAAGAGACGAAAACAGCUGGCUGAUGAAGUUGCCAAACUAGAAGCAGAACUUGAACAGAAGCACAAGGAGGAGUUAAAGCAGCUGAAGGAAGCUACACCUGAGCAGAAUAAGAUAGAUUCUGUAACUGAUGGGGUUGCAAAUGUAGAGCUUGAGCAACUGGAGCAACAGAUUCAGCAUCCUCGAAUAUCAAAAGCACAGAAGAGGAGGGAAAAAAAAGCUGCCUUGGAGAAAGAAAGAGAAGAAAGGAUAGCUGAAGCUGAGAUCGAGAAUUUAACAGGUGCUAGACAUGUUGAAAGUCAGAAACUUGCCUCCCUGUUGGCAGCAAGACACUUGGAGAUUAAGCAGAUUCCUUCCGAUGGCCACUGCAUGUACAGAGCUAUCGAAGAUCAGCUCAAGGAUCGCCAGAAUUCCUGGACUGUUACAACUCUGAGAAACCAAACGGCAAAGUAUAUGCAAAGUCAUUUUGAUGACUUCCUGCCAUUUCUUACAAACCCCACUACUGGAAACAUGUAUAGCAGAGAGGAAUUUGAAAAAUACUGUGAUGAUAUAGCAAAUACGGCUGCGUGGGGUGGUCAACUGGAACUAAGGGCUUUGUCGCACAUUUUGCAAACACCUAUUGAAGUAGUGCAAAUGGAUUCCCCGUCCAUUGUUGUUGGUGAAGAAUAUUCAGGCAAACCAAUAACACUUGUGUAUAUGAGACAUGCCUAUGGAUUAGGAGAACAUUAUAAUUCUGUAAAACUUCUAACAGACUCUGCUACAGAAAACGGCAGCUAACAAAAAAAAAACAAAUCCACAUGGAUAACAGUUGCAUCUUGAUACGUUGGGCUCCAAACAAUUCUCAGACAGACUGUAAAGUAAAACUACCUGGAAAGGAUUAACAAUAAAAAGGAUGUACCAGGGUUUUACUGUGAAUCAGAAAAAGCUCUUGAUUUAAAACAAACAAAAAAUGCAAACAAUGCAACAGUAUUUUGAACUUGUUGGUAUUAAUCUCUAAAAUGCUGGCUGUAUAGAUCAGAACUUUUUGUUUUAAUAGAGCUUUAUCCCAUGCCACAGUGAAAAUACUCAGCAGUAAAUGUUUUGAUUAAUCUCCAGUCUACUGAAGAAUUAAGGUUACCUGAAGGUUCCCGUCACGUUAUUUCUGGCAGAUUUUCAUGAUCAUGGAAGAGUUGAGGACUUUAAAAAAAAUGGUUUGUUCAGAUUGACAGACUAUCCUUUGCAGUGUUUCUUUAGUUCCAUCAGAAUCUAGCUUUAAUACUGUAAUAGGGAUCUGCUUCUUUAUUUGGGCAGGGAAGAGCUGGAGAGAAAUUCAGUAGUAGAAUCUCUUGCUUGGCUGAAGGAAUUGCAAACAGUCAUACGAUUUUAUGGACUUCUAUUUAAGUUUUUGCCAAGGUUUGAUGGAUUCACUUCUGUUUUGCAGCUGGCAGUAGGAACACUUGAUGCUCUUCCAACUACUAAAUCUGUUUGGAAGAGGAUUGCUGUUUAUGUACAUCGUAGCAUUGAUGCGAGUUCAUCCUUCUUAAUCUUCAUCUGUGCAUUUUGAUAAUGUAGAAAUCUUACAAACAGAAAGAUCCUCAAUUUCUUCAGUUCAGGUAGUGAAAUUUAUCUGAACUCAUCAUUUAUGGAUCUGCUGAUCUAAGUGUCACCUAAAAGGCAGUAUUUUGCAAAGCUUAAAAGAGACAGUUGCAUACAGGUAUAAAAAUAACCACUUUGUUUUAUGCCAGUAACUUUGAAGGUGAGCUGCAAAAGAAUUAAUUUUAUUUUCAUUGCUCCUUAUUAUGCACAGAGAAGACUUGAAGGGUGUUUUUUUUGUUGUUUUUUUUUUAAAUGUGGCUUCUCUUUUUACAUUGGAAAUGAAGAUUUUUGUAUUGAGGUUGCUAUAAUUAUGACUUCAAAAUUAGCAGCAUUACUGUAAUGCAAUCAGUUGUUUUUAACAAUAGAUUUUUUUUAAAGCUUUUGCCAAUAACAUCAUAAUUGUCUGUGUUAUUUUAAUGCUGAUAAGUUGGUAUGGAGAAAAGCAGUUCUUACCAAAUUUAGACAGGUAUGCCCUGAAUUGAAGCUUGAGCUAACUGCAUGUUUUGCAAUCCUUUGGUGAACUUAGCCAGCAGAUUGACCUUCUUGGGACUUAAAAAUUAAAAAAAAAAAAUCUGCUCUUACUCAAAGAGAUAAAUGUUCACUUUAUGGAUCAGAUUAUGUCUGGUUUAAAGCACUUUGAGAGAGAAAAAUAAAAAAAUUAUAGCAGAAGUCUGGUGGGUGGACAGGAGCUGGUUCAACAAUGAGAACCUGUAUAUUAUAAGUUCUUUAGACUGGUGCCUGUUGGGAUAAACCAAGUAUUAAUCAGAUCAAGAGUUUGUUACAUCCUUAUUUAUCUGAUACAGUAUAGCAAAUAUGGCUGUAUUUAUAACAGCUAUUUUACUGCAGAUUUUUUUUACUACCUUGAUUGUAUGAAACAGUGAUUUUAAUGUCAAACAAAAAAUUGGUUACAUUAAUACGUAAAAGGUGUGUCUAUUCAUAAUACCACUGAAUUUCACUAAAAAUAAUAGUUUGAAAUACCCUUCCUGGUAUUGCUCAAAAUUGAUACGAAAUGCAUAUGCUGCUUUUCAUAGAUACCUUGUGAAAGAAGUUUGGUUUAUUGGUUUUUCAUUCUUGUUUCUUUACCUGAAAGAGAGAGAGACCAGAAUCCUGGAAUGCCUGUACCAACAGUUUGUGCUGCUACUGAUGUUUACAAUCUGUAUAAAGCAAAAGAAUGUUUUAAUAUAGUGAGCGAAAGAUCCUUGCUCAUGCUGUAUGGAACUUGCCAAAAAGUAAUAAAUUGGUUUAUUUGUGGCAAA